AUGUGUAUUUCCAGUAGAAGGAGCGAAGGCCUCAAAGCGCUUCCUGAGGUGGAGCUUCUGGGCGGCCAAAGUGCAGUCCAGCAUGUGCUUGCUCAUCCAGCCUCGGCGGAUGCUUUUGGCCACCUGCCGUUAGUCGGUUCAGCUGCUGAUGAUUCCCAGACGAUCGUCAAGCUUCUUCUCGAAGCACGGGCAGAUAUCGACGACCCGGCAGCUUCGCGAAGCAAGGUAGCACUGGCCGCGCGCUUCAAUGCCAGUGACAAACCCGCAAAAGACCCUGUGGACGCCUGCUUCCAACAUGGAGAUCGUGGGGCAAACGCGAACCUGAGCCAGAAUGGGCUGAAUGCGGGGUAUGUCACAGAUCCGGACCCACACCGUGUCUUCGAACCUGCACAGGACGCAGACCCGGGAAGUGCACGCCUCAUGAGCUCAGGCCCAGUGCUGAAGCCCUGGCCUGAGCUCUCAGGUUAUCGAGCGUUUUCUGUGGCACCGGCUCGUGACAAGCUGAGGUCGAGAGGCUUGCGAGGUUGCUUGUGCAGAGGUCACCUGCAGUCAAAAAUGACGAAAGUUCGUUCCCCAGACACUUCUGCAGUACAGCAGUGCGCGCAGCAUGCUUGCCGUGUCGAUGCCUUGCACGUGGUUGCCAGCCUUUCUGCAGCCUCAGUAUGCUUUUUCACGAUAAGUGACUUUGUCGAAGACAAAGUUAGAGUUCGUUGUUUGAAUGUCGUUGCCUUCUCCUUGAUAUACGUUUUCUUCGUGUUUGCGCUGCUGAAGACUGUGCCUUCCCCCGAGCCUCGUUUGAAGGCUGUGCGUUUUGCAAGUCCUCCACCCACUGCUUGGGUCUCCGGAGAGCUAUCCACGGACAUGAGAAGCUUCUUCAUCGGAACAGGCAGUCUCCCAAAUCGAUCGCAAAGGCUUUGGGCCGUGGAUGACACAGGGAGUCCAAUGGUCAAUGCGCAGGUGGAGGUGCGUGCUUCCAACUUUGUUAGUGACGGGCCACUUCCGUGCUCCAAGGCGCAGAUGGAUGCCAUGGUUGGCACGCUAGAAGCGCGACGUCUUCACCAUGUCUGCAAAUACGACAUUCUCUAUAAUGCAGGUCCAACCAAUGACUUGGGACUUGUCACGCUGACGGACUUCGCGAUCAUGGGCCCUGCGGGUUUGUAUACGCUGGUACCAUCUGCGGGUGGCUUCGAUUCUACCGAGGGCUCUUCCGUGUUGGUCUCCACGCCUGUUGCGAGCAUCGAGGUGGUGAACCUGAGCACGCCGGACCUUGACCCCGUCGUUCCGCCCACCGGCGUCAAGGCUUUACCGAAUGGUCGCAGGGCCAAGGCCUCAGACUGGCCAGUGCUACCACCUUCCGGGACUUGGGAUCUGGGAUCUGAGAUCGUGGCCUUUGCGAACCCCGAUCCCGGGUGGCCGCCGGACGGGGAUGCGUCUCGUGUGGAGCAGUACGAAAGACGAGGGCAGAAGGUGGACCACGUGAACAUCGUGUUCUCUGACAGUGCGCUCGUUUUCAGUCCCUGGAAUGACCCCGUCUAUUCUCCAAGGAACCUUUAUCCUCUGCCGGUCCAGAAGUUCCGCUACCCAAUCUCUCUGUCACCAAGGGUUUCUUCUGUGCAGGUUUCAACGAAGGUCCUGUUAGUCGUGACGGAAGGAGUUCCAUUCCAGCCACAACCGGUGGUAGCGGUGCGAGAUGAAAACGGGCAGCCUGUGCCCGGGGUGAGAUGCUACGCCCUGUUGUCGAUGGAGGGAUCGCUGCGGAAUCCCAACUGGUUUCGCCGCAAACUCAAAGGUUUCAAGGGGAAGGAGCUAUUGAACGCGGAAGCCGUAACAGAUGCCAGUGGGAUGGCGCAGUUUCGUGAGCUCAAGCUGUCGACUUAUGGAAACACUCGAAGUCUCGACUUGGACGGCAGUUGGGCUCUGCCUAGCUGGCACUACUCGAUCGACUUCAACUGCGAUGGAAAGAUGCAGGAAUCACAUGCCUGGAGCGUGAAUUCCGGUGGUUACAUCACGGAGGUUGUCACGACGGUCGCGCAAAUCAGGAUCCAGCGCUUCAUCCGCAAAGACGCGGAGCUGGGGCGCUACGGUGUGGAGCCGGCCGCGAAUGGAACGGACACAUUUUUGGCAGUGGUCCGUGUGCUUGACGCCAACGGGAAUGGCGUGGCGGGAAAGUCUCUCAACGUGCAGAAUGAUGCAGGCGACGCUGUGGUCGAGCUCGCCCCGGACGCGCUAGAGAUGACAAACGAGGCGGUCUGGGCAGCACCGGCGUUUCAGACCUCGGGCCAGGUAACCUUCAAAGUCCGCUUUUCCUGCGAUGGCGCUCGCCGGCCUGCAUUGGCAGUUGAGUCGCCAGACAGCGAGGAUUUAUUGGCCAGGCUCAGCACACACCUCCAUGGCAAACUGACAGCCGAUGCCCGGGUGCGCCCGCCGGUGCCUGGGCAAAUUUUCCAUGCCUUGCUCGUAAGAUGGCCAAGCUACACUCUCCUGGGACUGGUCAUGUGGCAGGAGGUCAAUUUCCCUGGAAUCUCAGCGCCGAACACCAGCUCCUGCUUCGACAUCUCUGGCGUUGGGGAUGAACGUCGCCUUGGGGCCGAGGCCAAUGAGGUGAAGGAGUUGCAUGCUGAAGUUGCGCGGAGACUCCGAACGUUCGCCGGGGCGGUCGAAUCCUCGGAAGCCAAAUCGCGAAAGCUCAGCUCUGGGGCUGAUGGUGCCAUCAACAUGUUGGUGGAGGAUGCAUACAGCAACGAUGGCGACAGGUUCGGAUUUGUCCAGGUCUCAGAGAGUGGUGACGUGGUGCGGCACGACCCUUGGAUGCACUGGAAUCCACUGGAAGUUCCAAGGGCGCUCUGCCUUGAAGAGCUUGAGGAGCCCCGGCCGAUGAUCAAAGUUUCGAGCCUGGACCACCUGGGCACCGCCAUCCUUCCAAAGCCAGUGCCGCAGACGCUGAGGCAGUACAACGACGACCCGAAUUACAUCACCUUUGCCUCGCAGUUCGAAGCCGGCUCCGGAGACCACUUCCUGCGGAUGGUGGUGCAGCUCGACGAUUAUCAAGGCCACAAGCAGGAAUGCUAUUCUUCGCCGGUCCCGCUGCGCAUUCAGAAUGUCAUUGGGGACAUUGUCCUGGAAGGAGAUGCUGGCCCUGGUGCAUACUACGAGCACGUCAUCCAAUCGGGUUCCUACGUGGACAUCGAUCUCAGCUUCAUCCUCGAUGCAUCCGUGGGUGACGCUUCUGACCUCAGCCGCAUCCCGAAUUGCAUCUUCCUGUCAGCUGAUCGCUGGGAUUUGUGUGCGAUGAGUUUCGUCCUGGUGGAGGCGCCUUACAACUUCCAUCGGCCACUAGGCAUGACAGACAACAUCCCGGAAGCGCACCCUCUGAGCACGGAGUACUACACGAUCUCUGCAGUCCAAAGAACAGGAGCAACCAAUGCGCAGGGAUACGAUGCAACCACCGGGAAGCUCCAUCUUCGCAUGCAAAUGAAUCAGAAGGGGAUCUACGGAAAUUUUGGCAUCCAGUUCCGAGGCUUUGGAGUGAACAGCAGAGUCUUCACAUGGAGGGUUCUUCCUCCACCUGGUCUUCGUUUGGAAAUGGUGCAAGACCCAGCCUUUGUGCUCGUUCCGCCCUGGACAGGCAAUUUGAUGGAUCAAAUUCCUAUCGUCAGAGUGCUAAGCGACGAAGGUCCUGUGAACGGUCUGAUCUUGAGCUAUGACCUAGUGCCCGUGGAUGGGGGAGAAUUCACGAAGUUGACAGUGAUGCCCAUGUAUUCGACGUUUCCGUUCUUGUACUCCGGCUCAUCCGGAUCAGAGAUAACUGAUGCAUUUGGGCAAGUCCGUCCGGCACAAGAUGGAGUUGCGUAUUUCCCCAUUAUCGGUAUUGUGGACGGAAUGAGAUUCAUAGCGGAGGGGGUUUCGACAGAGCCCUUGCCCUCACAACCGAUCUGUCUUUCCACACCUUACUCCUUCCAAAUUGUAGCCCAGCCCCCGUCAACCUGGCCCUUGAACAUCGGUAUCGACGAGUUCGGCGGCAGCAUCACGGUGGAAGUCCGGCCGAACUUCGGAGGGCUGUCGAUGUUCACGCAGUUUCUUGGCGGCCUGCUGGUGCGGCUGCUGGUGUCAAGCGAAGGUGGCAGGGGUGUGAACGAUGCAGGCGCAGCUCAAGACCUUUCGCAGCGCAUGCUCGGUGACCAUGUGUGUGUCUUCGUCCAGUGGAGAGAGCCCUUGGGACGGUGCACCGACCUGGUAAUUAUACAAACUACGCCCUUUCUGGUUAUGCGAUUCUCCUUUCUCAAAGUCCGGUGGUUAAGACGUAUUUCGCAACCUGCCAGAAUCUCAUUGAAAGUGUCCGACCUGUCCGGUUCGGACUUCAGAUACUCCGUAAGCAAGCCGCCAGGCUUUGAAAACAUGUCAGAUGUCCAGAAGUUCCACAGCUGUUCUUCAGCAGUCCAGGAAACGCUAACAGACACGCAAAGUUCAACCACGAUAGAAAUCGCGGCCGAAACCACGGCGAGCCAGUUUUUCCUCGCAUUGGUCCCGCCCGAGAUUGCAAUCGUGGGCAACGUGUUCCUGGUGCGGCUGAGAGUCACGACGGCGAGUGGCGCUCCAGUACGGGAUGUCAGGGUCCGUGCAGGUAUCCAGAAGCUGGCCGCCACCUCUCCCGGUAGCACAUCUCCGGGACUUCUACAGUCCUUGGUGCAGAGUGGCAGGAGGUUGGAAGUGCUGACUGACAGCAACGUGGAACUGGAUCCGACGACGACUGUUCGUGUGAGCAAGCCGAACGGUAUCAUCUCAUUCCCAUUGACCAUCACGCGAGCCAUGAGUGGGACCUACAAGCUGCUGUUUCAGCCUGAUGGGCCAAACGCACAGGUGGUUCUAGAGACGAAGCCCUUUAAAGUCGAGAACCCCGUAUACCGAAUUACCUCAGCCGAAGGGCCAUGGGGGCAGGUGGAGAUACCUGAUUUCGGCAUGUUCACGCCGCUCCCGCGGACUCCUCGUUUCUGUGUUGAGACGGCGACGAAUGAGUCCUUGGCUGAGCUUCAAGCCACGGGUGUCCGGACGCGUAUACAGCUCAUUCUCAGAGGAGCGCCAUCGCAGCAAGAGUCGGCUGCCAUGAGAGCCGCUUUGCAGGCGAAAGAGGCUGCGAAGGCAGCGCUGCAAGCUUCAGCCAACAACAUGGCUGCAAACUUGUCGCAGGAAUCCACUGGCUUCAUGAAGACGGUCGUCGAUCGAUUCAUUGCUGACUCAGCUAGUCAAGCUAAGGGAUCUUUCGCCGGCCUCACCGCAGACUUUGCCCGGGCUUGUCUGGAAACGCCGUUGCGGCAGAUGCAGGUGGGCGACCCCUUCACAGAGUUGGGUUUCGGCAAUGCGACUUCGGAUGCGGCGGCAGCGGGCUUGUCGGUCUUGCAGAGUCCGAGCUUGUCCGAAGCCCUUGGUAUGGAUCCGUCUGCUCUGGAGCCCUCGCAGAUACUGGACCAGUUCCAACAGGUGCUGAUGUCUGCGGGCGGCUCCGUCGCCUCCCCGAGCAGCAAGCAAGCAGCGGCAGCAUGGGAGUUCUCCCUCGAUGACCUUCACUUGCAGGCUCCCUGUGGGUAUGUUUUCAAUCAGCCGCCGCUCUUCGCCUUUGCCGAAGAUGUCGAGUACGAGUUCACAGUUUCUGUGAAUGGUGUUGAGAGCUCAGAAGGCUUCGCCUUCAAAGUGGUGCGAACACCGCCUGAUCCCGUGGACGUGGCCUUCAAUUGGUUCUGCUCUGGUGUUGCGGCCAUUGUUGGUGUCAUCAUCCUCAUCACAAACGUCACACAUCAUCGAUGGCCCUGGUUCAUUUUCGCACUCCUCUGCACUGUAGGGCUGCUGGUGGCAGCACCUUUUCUGUCAGUGCACAGGGACGCGUUGUAUGGAGCUUGGAUCUAUGUUGCCGUGAUCGACGUCGUGCUCAUCCUUGCCACCCUUGUCUGGGGCAUGACCACAGAAGUUUCCAGCCAGGCCCGUACUUUCGACACGCAGCGCUCGGAAAUCUUCGAAGCCUACACUAGAAGAAGGCUGGGUCAGGCUCUCGGCUUCAAAGACGUCCCGUCCGGUGACACAGUUAAGCAGUCAUUGCUAUCGUCAGUGCGGAGGACGUUUCUCAAGCCUUUCAACGCGGAGGAUGCCUUCUUCUUUCCAUCGGCACUGCUUGUUGCCAACCUCUUAUCGCUCCUUUCCUUCACCUACAUCUUUGCGCAGUCUAUUCAGGUCCUACGCAACCUCGAAGCGCUCCUGAACAUGGCAUUGAACACUGCCCUGGACAAGGCUAUCGCGCUCAUAGCAAGUAUCAACCUGGCAUACUUUCAGUUGUCCAAUGCAGAUUUGCCGGACAGCGCAACUGAUUUCAUGUAUGUCCAGAUUGGCUUGAUGCGAUCUUGGUUCCAGCAGCUGAUCGAUGCCAUUAUU